AUGCUUUCACUGACGAAUACCUAUUCAGGUACCAGUUCAUGUGGGUACUGUAAAGGUAAAAAGCCUAUUCAAAGCCAAUUGCCAUUGAAUUCGUCUUCAAAGGAACCGAGGUCCUCCAAGAUGAGUUAUUCAGAGCUACAAAGCAUAGACACCCAAAUAUACGAAGCACUGUUGAAUAGGGGACAUAGAAGAAGUGGAUGCCUGCUCUACUUGCCGGACAAUCUCAACAAUUGCUGCCGACAUUUUACUAUUAGGACGUCUUUGUCGAUGUUGAAACCUACCAAAGAACAUAGGCACCAUGUUAACAGGCUUGCCAAAUAUAUUGGCGCUAACAUAGUAACAGAAGGGCCCUUUGAUCUAAAAUCAAGACUGCUGGAUGCCGAAUUGGGCUGUGAUAGCUCAAGGUUUUACACUGAAUUUGAGAGCACUGCUUUUUCUGAGGCAAAGUAUGCACUUUUCAAGAAAUAUCAAAUGGUGGUUCACGGUGAUAAGGAUGUUACAGAGGAAGGAUUCAAACGGUUUCUGUGUGACAAUCCUUUCGUUGAUUCCAAGGAAGAUGAUGAACUGGGUUAUUGGAAAUCAUUGAACUCAUGGAAAGACCCCCAAUUCAGUAGUAAUGGGUCAGAGUUUUUAGGGGGAGUGCAUGAAUGUUACUAUAUUGAUGGAAAGCUAGCCGCAAUAGCCGUGUUAGACUUGUUGCCUAAUUGUGUCUCAUCGGUGUAUUUUAUUUGGGACCCAGAAUAUGCUCAUCUUGGCCUUGGUACAUUGUCAGCUUUAAGAGAAACAGUGUUAGCCGAGAGACUGGGUAAGCAGUUUUACUAUAUGGGCUACUAUAUUGCCGAUUGCCCAAAAAUGAAGUAUAAAUUCAAAUUUGGAGGGCAGCUUCUUGAUCUGUGCAACAGUCAAUUUAUUGAUUUUGCCAGGUUAACAAUGGAUAGUUUUUAUCAAGGUAAGUUUAUCGUCACUGACGUUGAUGGCAAGGCCAAUAAAGAGUUGAAAAUAACUAGCAGCCUAAAACCAUCAUCGAAGAAUCUUUCACCAUUACAUGACAUUGCUGAAGAUAUCUAUGGUCCUGAAGGCCAGGCAUAUAAAGAAGCACAACUUCAAAUCACCUGCCUGAAAGAUCAAUACCAUAUCGAGUUUGGCGCAGGAAAAGAGAAGGACACAAUUCCUCUCGUUUGUCCUGGUUUGAUACCUCUUUGGCAGAUGUCGGAUUUGUUGAAAUCUGGGGAGAUGGACAAUUUGCAAUGUUUGGUAUUCGUUUACUCAAAGAAAGCAUACCUCCCCAUUACUUGGUACAAAGUAGACGAUUUAAAGGAUGAAGAAUUGGUUGAAAAUAUAAAGAGGACCAUUUUCAACUUGGUUAGGUUUUUGGGAGAUUGGAAGCUACUAGAGAAUAGUUUAAUCUAUGAUUUUAGCUAA